GCUACGAACUUUCCAAAAAGGAACAAAAAAUCGGGUCACCAGAACGACCGAUAUCAGACUUGGGGAUUAAGGGAUAUCAUUCUUACUGGAAACGCACGAUUUUAAGAAUUCUUCAAAGUCAUACAGUCGGUACACUUAAACGAGAUUCUCCAACGGAAAAUGUUGACGAUAACGAAAAUUUUAUGAUUUCUAUUAACGAGAUUUCUAAGAAGACGAGCAUCCGUCAAGAUGAUGUCACAAAUGCUCUACGUGAGAUGAGUUUUCUCAGAUAUAGAAACCCUAAAGUUGAUCUCGGGACGAUAAAUAGCGCAAUUAAUCAUGAUGAUAGUGGCAACGAUAAUCUUAGUACUGGCGGAGUCGAAAGACUCAUUGACCAAGAUAACAAUAGAAGUAACAAUCAACAAACAGAUAUGCAACGCGAUGAAGAAUCAACACUUCAUAUCCAUCACCACAUCAUUUGCGUUUCCCGCCGAAUGGUCGAUAACUACAUAAGGAACCAUGGUGUGAGGCUUGAUAAUAGGAUGUUUGACAUCUGUGGUCUCAAAUGGGCCCCGAAUGUUCAAAAUCGUAACGGCUCCAAAAUCAAUUAA